AUGUGGUUGGUGCGGAUCAUCCAUUUGCUGGGUAUAAUGGCCCUCUUUCCACUAUUGGGUUACUUUGGAGAAAGUGUUGAUGGGAGUGAUCUCAGCUACGGUGAUUAUUACGGCAAUGCCAGUGCCAGAAUGCUGCGAUUCCGCGAUUUCGAGCCUCGUCAGCAAAGUGGGAGAAUGGAUCUAAGUUUGGAGGAAAGGGAAAAUCCAGGAUUAGAACGCGAGGGUCGUGGCUUCCAUUUCCAUGCCAGCGGCGAGGAUGUCAGUGUCGAACUGGAGUUCAUUGUUCCGUUCCUUAAAGUUCCUGUGCAAAGGAGCAUGAAUCUGGCCCGUGAUGCUAUUCAGAACAUCUUAAAUUUGCGAACCGGAGCGAUCAUAAACACAGCAGUUGUGGUGGCUGCAGGAACGGUGAUUGCAGCAGUAGUACGAUUACUUAUAGCCCCUCUAGUAAUCACCUCUAUUGGCAAUGGAUAUGGCUACAAGUCGGAUUCAGAUAGAGGCAUGCGACGACUAACUGAUGUGGUGGAAUCACAAUUGGAGGAGCACAACAUUGACAUGUCCGUUUGCGUUCAGAGAAUUAUCUGCCAGUACUUGCAGAGGAAUCUUUCUUCAGGAUAUGCCAGGGCUCUAAAUGUUUUAGCUAGUUCACCCUGGCUUCAAUCGUUUGCUGAUGGAACUGCAGUAUUCCAUGCCAUCCAAUCCGCUAGGAGCAGUCGCAGUUGUACUCACACAUAUCACAGCUGUCGAUGGCCCAAUCACUUCAACUGGAAGUCUGGAGACUUACCACAAGUUCUUAAGUUCUUUAAUGGAUAA